AUGCCCUCCUAUGCUAAAUUCCCAAAAGACAUGCUCUCUAACAAGAGGAAAAUCGAAAAGAAUGCAACGGUCUCACUGACAGCUGAAUGCAGUGCUAUAUUGCAAAACGAGCUUCCAAAGAAGCUAGGAGAUCCAGGGAGCUACUCCAUUCUAGUCAAGCUAGGUGACAUCGAAAUAAAAAAGGCUUUAUGUGAUCUAGGGGCAAGUGUCAGUCUUAUGCCCCUAUCAAUUUGCAAGAAACUUCAGAUGGGUGAAUUAAAACCCACACGCAUCUCCCUACAAUUGGCAGACAAAUUGGUGAAAUUUCGUUUGGGUAUUCUUGAGGAUGUGCCACUUAGAGUUGGAAAAUUCUUCAUCCUUUGUGAUUUUGUGGUUAUAGAGAUGGAAGAAGAUGCGCAAGUCCCUAUCAUUCUAGGAAGACCCUUCUUGGCCACUGCUGGGGCCACUAUUGACAUGAAGAAUGGGAAAAUCACCUUUGAAGUGGGUGAUGAAAAGAUGGAGUAUUCACUCAUAAGUUCUAUGGAUUCUUCUUCUAAGGACGAAAUAAUUUAUAGCAUGGAUGCUCUAGAUGAAGUAGUGGAAGCUAAGGCCGCGGAUUUACAACUCGAUGAUUCAUUGCAGAUGAUCUUAAUGGGGAGUGCAGAUAAAAAGGAUUGGGAAACAAGAGAGUACAAGAGGCUCUUGGAGGAGACACAAGCGCUAGCAGCUGAUGAGCCUAUCAAGGAAGUGUUAAAACCAAUGGAGUCUAAGGAGAGUACUACGCCUCCCGAGGUAGAAUUAUUCGAUGUGUAG